AUGGACCUUCAUGUGCCUGGCAAUCUCUUUCCUAGUCAUGAAACGUUUUCCACAAACAUCGCACUUGAACCCUUUAUGACCGGAGUGUCUGAAGAUGUGUUUGUUCAAUCCAUACUUCAAUUUGAAUCUUUUUCCACAAAAUUCACACUCAUGAUUUUUUGCAUCAGUGUGUGUAUGGGAGUGUGUGUUGAGGUGACUCUUUCGACUGAAACAUUUCCCACAAACUUCACAUUCAUGAUUUCUUGCACCAGUGUGUGUAAGGGUGUGUGUGUUGAGGGUACUCUUCCGACUGAAACAUUUCCCACAAACUUCACACUCAUGAUUUCUUUCACCAGUGUGUGUAAGGGUGUGUCUCUGGAGGUGAAUCUUCUGACUGAAACAUUUCCCACAAACUUCACACUCAUGAUUUCUUUCACCAGUGUGUGUAAGGGUGUGUAUGUUGAGGGUACUCUUCUUACUGAAACAUUUCCCACAAACUUCACAUUCAUGAUUUCUUUCACCAGUGUGUGUAAGAGUGUGUCUCUGGAGGGUACUCUUCUUACUGAAACAUUUCCCACAAACUUCACACUCAUGAUUUCCUUCACCAGUGUGUGUAAGGGUGUGUGUGUUGAGGUGACUCUUCCGACUGAAACAUUUCCCACAAACUUCACACUCAUGAUUUCUUUCACCAGUGUGUGUAAGAGUGUGUCUCUGGAGGUGACUUUUCCAACAGAAACAUUUCCCACAAACUUCACACUCAUGAUUUCUUUCACCAGUGUGUGUAAGAGUGUGUCUCUGGAGGUGACUCUUCCUACUGAAACAUUUCCCACAACCUUCACACUCAUGAUUUCCUUCACCAGUGUGUGUAAGGGUGUGUGUGUUGAGGUGACUCUUCCGACUGAAACAUUUCCCACAAACUUCACACUCAUGAUUUCUUUCACCAGUGUGUGUAAGGGUGUGUGUGUUGAGGGUACUCUUCAGACUGAAACAUUUCCCACAAACUUCACACUCAUGAUUUCUUUCACCAGUGUGUGUAAGAGUGUGUCUCUGGAGGUGACUCUUCCAACAGAAACAUUUCCCACAAACUUCACACUCAUGAUUUCCUUCACCAGUGUGUGUAAGGGUGUGAUGUUUGGGGUUACUCUUAUUACUAGACCUUUUGCCACACUCACGGCUUUUGUGAGGUCUUACACCAGAGUGUGUUGGUGUAUUUGUUGAGGUCAUCCUUCCCUGCAUGUCUUUUCCCACACUCUUGGCUGUGGCUGGUAAACUUCCCCUCACUCUCAGAUCUUCUCGCACUUCUGAAAUUCAAACUUCCCCCUUUGUGGCCGAGAUGCCAGCAG